GCCGCGCGCGGUCCCCUGACCCCACCUGAGCCGCGGUUUCCGUGCGGAUGCAGAGCCCAGGCCCCAGCGAGGGAGGGAGCCGCGCGGCAGCGAGCGGCGGGCACCCUUCUUCGCUGUGAAGUUUGCUCUUUGGGUUCCUUUCCAAGAAGGAGAGAAGUCAAGAUAUUUUUUUACCCAGUGGAAGAAUGAUGUAGUUUCAUCCUAACCUUCUUAUACUUCCAGUGCUGGCCACAAAGGGAGUACAAGUGUGAUCCGAUCAUAGCCAGAGUUUAAAAUUCUGACCCCUCAAGAGGGGAAGCAGAGGAAAGCUGUGCCCCUCUCUGACCCAAGGCUGAAAGGUCCCCUCUGGAAGGCUAUGAUGGGAAGGAGCCUGACGACUUGGACGGUUCCCCAGACUUGCCGUUGCCUCUGCCCGGAAGUCCAUCCUUCGGAGGACAGGAAACUGCUGCUCGAGGUGGUGGGCUCCCAGGAGCAAGACGUGGUGUAGAAGGAAAUGGAUGAGAGCGGCUCGGGGGCCCCCAGACGCGUGCUCCCUGUGGACUAGUCCAGGGGCGCCCCUCGCGGGCCGGGCGCCUGGGACGAAGGCGGCGGCUGCCGCACGCAUGGCUGACUCCUGAGCGAGGAUGGUGCGCCGGGGGCUGCUCGCGUGGGUCUCCCGGGUGGUGGUCUUGCUUGUGCUCCUCUGCUGCGCCGUCUCCGUCCUCUACAUGCUGGCCUGCACCCCGAGAGGCGACGAGGAGCAGCUGGGGCUGCCCAGGGCCAACGGCCCCACGGGGAAGGACGGGUACCAGGCGGCGAUGCAGGAGUGGGAGGAACAUCACCGAGACUACAUCGGCAGCCUCAAGAGGCAGAUCGCGCAGCUCCAGGAGGAGCUGCAAGAGAGGAGCGAGCAGCUCAGGACCGCGCAGCACCUGGCCGGGGACCCCGCGGGCCCCCCCGGGAGGGCCCAGGCCGACCUGCUGGCCUUCCUGCGCUCCCAGGUGGACAGGGCGGAGGUGCACGCCGGCGUCAAGCAGGCCAGCGAGUACGCGGCGGUGCCCUUCGACAGCUUCACCCUGCACAAGGUGUACCAGCUGGAGACGGGCCUGACCCGCCACCCCGAGGAGAAGCCCGUGCGCAGGGACAAGCGGGACGAGCUGGUGGAGGCCGUCCAGGCGGCGGUGGAGGCCCUGAACAGCCCGGCUGAGAGCAGCCCCGACCAGCGUCCUUACACGGCCUCGGACUUCAUCGAAGGCAUCUACCGUACAGAGAAGGAUAAAGGCACUCUGUAUGAGCUCACGUUCCGAGGGGACCACAAGCACCAGUUCCGACGCCUCGUCCUGUUCCGCCCAUUCGGCCCCAUCAUGAAGGUGAAGACGGAGGAGCUGCACAUGGCCAGCACGCUGGUUAACGUGAUCGUGCCGCUGGCCAGGAGGGUGGACACGUUCCGGCAGUUCAUGCAGAAUUUCAGGGAGACCUGCAUCCAGCAGGACGGGAGGGUGCACCUCACCGUCGUGUACUUUGGGAAAGAAGAAAUGAGUGAGGUCAAAGGGAUACUGGAAAACACUUCCAGAGCCGCCAACUUCAGGAACUUCACCUUCAUCCAGCUGAACGGGGAGUUCUCUCGGGGGAAGGGGCUGGACGUGGGCGCCCGUUCCUGGAGGGGAAGCAACGUGCUGCUGUUCUUCUGCGACGUGGACAUCUACUUCACCUCCGAGUUCCUCAACACCUGCAGGCUGAACACGCAGCCAGGGAAGAAGGUAUUUUAUCCAGUCCUUUUCAGUCAGUACAAUCCUGGCAUAAUAUACGGCCAUCACGACGCGGUCCCUCCCUUAGAACAGCAGCUGGUCAUUAAGAAGGAAACUGGAUUCUGGAGAGACUUCGGGUUCGGGAUGACGUGCCAGUACCGAUCCGACUUCAUCAACAUAGGUGGCUUUGACCUGGACAUCAAAGGCUGGGGCGGUGAGGACGUGCACCUCUACCGCAAGUACCUGCACAGCAACCUCAUCGUGGUGCGGACGCCCGUGCGGGGCCUCUUCCACCUCUGGCACGAGAAGCGCUGCGUGGACGAGCUGACACCCGAGCAGUACAGGAUGUGCAUGCAGUCCAAGGCCAUGAAUGAGGCGUCCCACGGGCAGCUGGGGAUGCUCGUCUUCAGGCACGAGAUAGAGGCCCACCUCCGCAAACAGAAACAGAGGGCAAGCAGCAAAAAGACCUGAAUGCCCAGGGGCCCACGGAGGGGAGACGGCUUAUUUUUGUCCUUUUGCAGUUACCGAGUGACCUUCCUUGUGGCUGCUGCAAGGAAAAGAUUUCCCUGAAGGGCAAGAAAAGAAUUUUGACUGAUGGGUAAAACAGAUGAGGGGAGAGAGCCUCCUGUGUCUCUCUGCCUGUUUCGCUUACGCAACAGGAAUCAAAAACACCCCACUUAGCCUGCAGAAGCAGCCCAAACGCAGCACGCGUGCGGUGUCUUGCAGAGGCGGCCCGAUUGUGAGAUGGUGAGCCUUGUGGCAUGUUUACAGCAAAGCGAAGCGACACCGUGUUGUUUUCUCGGCUUAUUGAAAUAUUCAUGAAGGAAGACCGGUUUUGUAAAAAGUUCAUUAGAAUGGAAGGCCAGCACAGCCCUCCCCAUCUGAGCGGUUAUCAGUGGGGCUCUCAUGUCUGGGAUGCUGAAGUAUCAGGGGGCUGGCAGGGAGCCCGUGUGAAAUUCAGAGAUGCACUCAUUGUGAUCUUUGUGGGUGUAUUAAGCAAAACCAAAUGGACUAAAAAUGAAAAAAGCCGAUAGCUAUUGUAUCAUCUCCCUGCAAGAUUAACCAGAAAUAACCUGCUCAUCUUUUUGGUUGUAGUUUUAACCAUCUCUUAAUUUCAUUUAAAAUGCACUUGUUUGGCUUAUGCGUUAUAAUCUGCUUAUUUAAUUACCCGUUUGCAAGCCUUACUAAGAGAGCACAAGUUAGCUGCAUUUUUAUAUUUUUUGAGAAGAUACUUUGCGCUGCAUCAUGAGAGCUUUCAGUUCAGAGCAUCAGAUUGUCAUCCACCUCCAAGGAUGUGGCAGACGCUGACCCCGCAGGCGCUGGGCGGCACUGGACAGCAGACGGUCAUCGUGGGGAAGGCGUGGCCUGGGGCUGCUGGCCGAACGAGACACACGGAUACUUUAUCUGAAGAGUAUUUCUGAAGAGGAGCAACUUGAACGCUGGAGGGAAAGGAAAAUGUACUUUGUACCUUGGCAGAAAAGGAAACUCGUUCAGACGGGUGAUAGAAGUCAGAAACACAUUUUCUCCUCAGGGGAACUGGGGACCACUUUCUUACCUGUUUAAAUAAACCAAAGCAGACUGUGUGAACUACACGUUCUCUUUUCCAAGCAGGGUGCUCUUCCUGGCUUCCGGCCUCCACGAGAAGACACGCAGGAAAAUGUCUUCUGUGAAAUGUGCCUCCACCUGCCAGCAUCCAGCAGGGUGGAGGAUUUUGCUGUGCGUUCGUUCAUCCACCCCGGCCGAGGGGCAGUAACUUCAUUAUUUUUUAAAUGAAGCUGUUCUACUCGGUCACCAAGAUGCUUCUGAAAGUCGCAUUUUAUUACAGUUUCCCGCUAUUUAAAAAAAAUAAACGCAGUUAACAUUGAGUGGUUUCUACAUUCAUGUGAAAAUUAUUUAUUUUUCAGCCAGCACCAGACUCAUGAGCUAAUUAUCGCUCCGGUUCCUCGCCUCCUGUUUGCCCACAGUCGACUCGUUGUUUAAAAGCUUCAACAACGUUCAAGCUGUUGGUGUGUUUAAAAAAAAAAUGCAUUGUAUUGAUUUGUACUGGUAGUUCAUAAAAUUUAAUUAAAAGCCAGGACAUGAAU